AUGAGUAUCAAGAGCAAGAUCGCCUUCAUCAAUGGAGCACUUCGUCGGCCACAUGAUGAUGAUCUGCUAUUUCCAGCAUGGUUGCGGUGCAAUAGCAUGGUUGUAUCAUGGCUCAGAAAUUCUAUUUCUCCACAGAUAUGCUCCAGCAUUAUGUACCUCGAUGAUGCUCAUGAGAUCUGGUUAGAUCUUCGUCUUCUCUUUUCUCAGCUUGACUCUGCUCGAGCCUAUCAAUUGAAGCAACGGAUCAUGUCUCUACAACAAGGAAAAGAUGAUGUUAAUGCCUACUUCACCAAUCUGCGCAUUGUUUGGGAUGAAUAUAAGCACUCUCAACCUGUUGCUUGGUGUAUUUGUGCUACUUGCAGAUGCAAUAGUGCCAUGAAAUGGCAUGAGUAUCAAGAGCAAGAGUGCACAAUGCAAUUUCUGAUAGGAUUAAAUCCUAUCUUCUCUCAGAUUCGAUCUAAUAUCCUCUCUAUGGUUCCAAUUCCCCCGCUAUCAAAAGUGUUUUCACUUGUUUUGCAGGAGGAAAGGCAGCAAACCAUAGAUGGCUAUUCUUCAACCAUAUCCUCUUCUAUGAGUGAGCAGCCUUAUCUAGCUAAUGCUGCAACAUCUCAGUCUUAUAGCAAAGGAAGAAUCUCCUCGGAUUGUGGCAAAACCAAUCACACCGUGGAUAAAUGCUUUGUCCUCCAUGGUUUUCCUCCUAGUUUUAGCAAAGGAAAGAGCAAAUUUGGUGCUGGCAGCAAGGAGAUCAAAUCUGUAAAUUUUGUGGAGGAUUGCAUUGAAGAUUCAUGUGAUAGAUCUGCUAUUUCUUCAUCCAUGAAUAUGCCUUCUCAGGAGCAGUUUCAGCAACUCAUAAGCUUGCUUCAGUCUCAACUUGCUGCCACUGCCACUCUCACUCCAUCCACUCCAAUUCACUCUAUCUCUGCCGCACCAAAUAUGACUCGCUCCCCUCAAAAUUCCCCUUUCACAGGUACUACUCUUUUCACCAAUCCAUUCAUCAAUUCUGUCUCUAAAUCCCCAUCAGUUUGGCUCCUAGACACUGGAGCCACACAUCAUGUUUGUUGUGACCUUUCCAUGUUUAAAUCUUCAUCUCUCAUUCACAAUGCCUCUGUGAAUUUACCUAAUGGUGCUACAGCUUCUGUUACACAUAUUGGAACUGCAGCUUCUCAAGGAAUUGUGAUUGGGAAGGGUAGCAGACUGGGAAACUUAUACAAACUUGAUGUUCCCUCUGAUUCGAAAACUAUUUUGCUAACAUAG